UGUCCCCCAAAAACCCUAACCCUAACCCUAGAAUUCCCAUUGUUUGGAGCCAGAAGCCAAAGAAGCAGUAUUAGGAACUUCUGAAAAUCCACCAUGGGUAAGGUUCACGGAUCUCUGGCUCGUGCCGGUAAGGUGAGAGGCCAAACCCCAAAAGUGGCCAAGCAAGACAAGAAGAAGAAGCCCCGAGGUCGCGCUCACAAGCGCAUGCAAUACAACCGCCGAUUCGUCACCGCCGUUGUGGGCUUCGGGAAGAAGAGGGGACCCAACUCGUCGGAGAAGUGAGCGCAAAAUAUGAAAAUUUGAAGACUGGUUUUGUUGUUUUUAAUGAAUGGUUAGGAUAUUUCAAGUCUACAAUACUGGUUUUUGAUACUGGUGUUAACACCAUUUUUUGAAGGUUCUUUUAGCUGAACGAUGUUGAAUUUAUGCUUACUUUGUUAGCCAGAGAUUAUGUGAUUUUGCCUUAAGAAUGUCUUGAUUUGGUGUUACUCUAUGAGCUUGAAUUUAUGAUUGCCAUAUCACUUUUAAGAAA